CCGGCCAGUCUUCCCCUUCUUCCCCUGUCCCUAUGUGAGCGCCAGCCACUCUUGCUCCUGGCUGUGGUGCUGUAUCCGUGUCAUCACUCAGGAUGGACUCCCCACCACUCUACCUGCCUCUGCUAAUGCUGACCAGCCUGCUCAGCCUCUGUAAGGACCCAGUGCUCUACUUUCUACUUUCUCAGCUCAGAUAGGUUACCUUUAGUUCACCUUCUAUUCAUAUGUAUGUCUGUCUCUCACAUCACUAGUUUUCUUUUCUUAUUCCUCCUCUGUCUCCUUCCACCUAUCUCCACUCACAGGGCAAGGGGCAGAAGCUCGGUCAUGUAAGUAUGAGAUGCAAUUACUUUCUGUAUUUGAUGCCACUUUAAUAAAUGCACCAGAGAGCUGGAAGAGUCCCGGCGUAGAGACAGUUUGAGGGCAGUUGGUCCUGUCUGCGGUUGACAAGCGGCUAUUUUUAUACCUCACACAAAAUAGUUAUUUUUGUAGGAAAUGGGUAUUGUGAGCUUCUUGCUUCCUUGACAUUUUCAUCUCUUUUGUUAGAUUUAUUGAAGGUAUUUUAAGCGGAAUAUGCAGCUGGUUUCAUUGUUUUGAGUCAGCAUGUGAACAAGCUUCUGAGAUGUUGAACCUCUUUGAUCCACCUACAUUCUCAAAUACUGUAAUGGUUUUAUUUUCUCAGCAACUUUGUUCAUUCUGAGCUCUUGAUUGGGUAUUGAGAGGGAGCUGGUGGAUAUAACUGUAAUAACAGACCGUAUCUAUUCCCCAAAGGCUGAGUCACAGAUUUGGCUCCAAAGUACGUUUGGCUCAGUUCUCAGCCUUUUCUCCUGCAUGGCUGAGCUGUAUGUGUACCUAUUUUAAAAGCGUUACCAGGGAGGAUGUGGAACAACAUGCACGCUUUGUUGUGUCAGUUCAGGCCCAAUAGUGUUGUUGGUGUUGAGUGCGAACAGGAGCCAAGGUAAGGCCACAGCCCUCCCAGGGGAGGGGAAGGUUGGCCUUUGUUUGUUAAAGUGUUUUCCUCCUUUCCUUCCUCCUCCACCUCCUGCUUACUGUGCAGUGGAGUGAAGGGCCGCCAGGCACCAGGGAAGGGCCUUCCUCUGUCUGGAGGACUCUACCUGCUCUGUAGAGGAGAGAGCCCAGAAAGUAUAGUUCAUACCAAAUAUCUUGUGGCUUGACCAAAAAUCACUUCCAUUUAGCCUUGGUGAUUUUGUACCCCAAAUAGUAGUUUGUAUUAGCCUUGGUUGUCAUGGUGUCUUUGUGUGUCUGUGCGUGUGGUUGUGCAGUAUUCACCAUAGACAGUGUGACGCUCAAACUGAACCCCAGUGGUGAGGUAGACAGUGGGACAUUCGUGGACCUGAACUGUGAGGUCAGCAUCAGCCAUGACCAGUCCCACCCCCUGACACACAGCUUCAACUUCCUGCGAGACGAUGUCCUGGUCUACUCCAAAAACACCACCGAACCUGCGGUCCUUCACCAGCUCACCCCGGCCAGGGCUGCCAACUCUGGCGCUUACGAGUGCCGGGUCAUAGUUCAGGACAAGAGCAAAGGCAGCAGGACCCAGAGACUCACCGUCAAAGGUACUGCUGAAAUGGAUCCAUGAUUAUAUUGACUUUCUGGUAAAACUCUCUAGAUCUUCAUUCAUAAUCCAUUAUAUGUAGGUACAUACAGUAUCAAGUAUUUUCCUCUUUGUGAUGCAUGGUAUGUGAAAUCAUAGUGACUGACAUUGAUUGUUCGACCACAGGCUUACAGACGCCUGUGCUGCAGGUGACCUCCCAGAUCCUGUUUGAGGGGGAUGAGCUGGCAGCUACCUGCACAGCCCCAGAGGAGUCUGGCUCCCUGCUCUUCCACUUCUACCAGGACCAGGAGAAGAUCAAGCAGGUGAUGGCCGGUGGGAACUCAGUGGAGACCAGGCUGGAGCUGAAGCAUGCUGGGGACAAACACCUGCGCUGUUACUUUGAAAUCAUCAUGCUGCCCGACGCUGGGAGGUCCAACAACAGCAACACUGUCAAGGUCAUGGUCAAAGGUAAGAGUGGGGUUGGAUGCUGUCUGUAACUGUUGUAUUUGUCAUUGGAAGGUGCUGGUUCAGAUUUCUAGUAGCGCAUUGGGAUUUAAUGAAUUUGAAUUUGAUUCAUUCAUUUGCUAUGGGCAUUAUGCUUCUGUGUGCUUCAAUAUUUGAUCACCUGUAAGAAAAUAAAUGUUGGGUUAAAGAGUAUCCCUGUUCUUCUGUUGUAUCAUUAGAACUGUUCAUCACACCCAUCAUGAACAUUCUUCCUGGUAAAGAUGUGAUUGAGGGUGCCAUUGUCGAGUUUGUCUGUCGAGUGGUGAACCCCCCACCCAAUGUGGCGGUCUUCCUGACCAAGGACAAGAGGGUGCUUAAGACAGCCUCCAUUAGUCUCAGUCAUAAGCUCAGAGUGCUGGCAGAGGACUCUGGGGAGUAUGUGUGCAAGGCGGACAGAGGCAACGUGCAGAAAGAAGCCUAUGAAAGCAUCAAAGUCAAAGGCAAGUAUUGGAUGUCCAUGUGUCUGUUGUAAAAGGUUGGGCCACAUGACAUGUAAUAGUGAGCGUUUUUGAGCUGAACUGAAUUUAAUGUUUUGCCAUGCCAAAGUAUCUUUGAAUUUAAUGUUUGACACUCUGCUUUUUCUGUCUGAUCCACACAGAGUUGUUUUCCAAGCCAGUCCUGGUGAUGGAGCCCAGAGAUGUGUUUGAGGGAGAGCUCUUCACACUGAACUGCUAUACUGACCGCAAUUCCCCUGAAAUAAUCAACAUUUGGGACAUGAAGUACUCCCUGUACAGGAACCAGGUCCUACUGACAUCAGGAGGGAACUACAGUGCCACAGCACACCCCUCACUUAAUGGAAAUUACUCCUGCCAGGCCCAAGCCCAAGAUAUCUUCAAAAACAGCACACAGAUUGUCCUCAAGGCAAAAGGUGAGUCUCUCUGUGUGGAUGGGGUCAUUCUAAAAACACUUAGUUUUUCUCUUCUCAGGUCUCAUCCUGUCUUUUUCGUUCUCUUUUUUGUUCCCCCUCUCCCUCUGUCAGUGCCUGUGUCAGUCCCUCUUCUGAGCGUGGUAGGGGGCAGGUUGAUCCUGGGCAAGCCCUUCCAGCUCCAGUGUCAGAGUGACAACGGUAGUCUGCCCAUCACCUACACCCUGCUGAGCCCCCACAGACGUGCUGAGUUCAGGGUGGUCCGCAGUCCCAAGGAUCUGGCCCUCUUCAACAUCACCUCCAUCCACAGGAGCACUGACAUCCACAGCUUCUCCUGCAAGGCCGAGAACAACCCCAGUCAGCCCCACAGGGAGAGCUCAGGAGAGCACCUCCGACGCACUGCCACCAUCAUAGGCGAGUUGGCCAAACCACCUGUUUAUAACAGAACCAAAUGUAUAUAUACAUACACGUACAGUACCAGUCAAAGGUUUGGACACACCUACUCAUUCAAGGGUUUUUCUUUAUUUUUACUAUUUUCUACAUUGUAGAAUAAUAGUGAAGACAUCAAAACUAUGAAAUAACACAUCUGGAAUCAUGUAGUAACCAAAAAAGUGUUAAACAAAUCAAAAUAUAUUUUUUAUUUGAGAUUCUUCAAAGUAGCCACCCUUUGCCUUGAUGACAACUUUGCACACUGUUGGCAUUCUCUCAACCAGCUUCAUGAGGAAUGCUUUUCCAACAGUCUUGAAGGAGUUCCCACAUAUGCUGAGCACUUGUUGGCUGCUUUUCCUUCCCUAUGCGGUCCAACUCAUCCCAAACCAUCUCAAUUGGGUUGAGGUCGGGUGAUUGUGGAGGCCAGGUCAUCUGAUGCAGCACUCCAUCACUCUCCUUCUUGGUCAAAUAGCCCUUACACAGCCUGGAGGUGUGUCGGGUCAUUGUCCGCAAACCAGAUGGGAUGGCGUAUCGCUGCAGAAUGCUGUGGUAGCCAUGCUGGUUAAGUGUGCCUUGAAUCACCUUGGAAUGAGUAGGUGUGUCCAAACCUUUGACUGGUACUGUACAUAUGGCUCUGGUUUAUAAAAGGGAGAUGCUGGUACAGUUAGUCUAACUGAUGACAGAGCAGACUUACUGUAAUGACUCAACAACAUUCAUUCCCCACAGAGCCAGUCUCCAGGCCAGUACUGACCGUGACACCCAAUAUGGGGAACGUAGCUGAGGGGGAGGACCUGACCCUAACCUGCACUGUCCAGCGGGGCACGCCCCCCAUCACCUACACAUGGUAUCACACAACGAGUGCCCUGCCCCUGCUGUCCAAGACCACCAAUGACAUGCGAGGAUCCCACUCGGUUCAAGGUGUCAGUCGAGAGCAUGGAGGCAGAUACUACUGCGUCACCAACAACCCAUCCAACGACAGCAAGAGCAGUGCCAUGGUCACUGUUGGAGGUGAGAGGGGAAGGGGUCUCACACAUGAAAGUAUUAUCACACAAACACACUUGUGUGUGACUAGAAGUCCUUUAGCUAAAUCCACUGAGGUUGAACUUGACCUGAGGUAACCUCUGAAUCUUUGCUGUCUGCAGUGAAGUUGGCUGGCUGGAAGAAGGGGCUGAUCGCAGCGUUCUGCAUCCUGCUCACAGUGUCUCUCAUCAUCAUCAUCAUCAUCGUUAAGAAAGGACUUCUUCCAUUCAGAAGAAAGAGAACAGUGGAACUGUCAGUGUGAGUGGGCCUGGCUUUGAUUUCAUCAUACUUCAAUAGUCUUUUCACAAAUCAUUGAAUGUACAGGUGAUGCACAAUGCUUUGUUAGGCAAGAUGUGAAUAUUAAAGCGGUAAAGGUCAUAUAGGAGUUUCCUGUUUAAAUGUUCAUUGUGUUUUCUUGUUCCCCCUCUCUCAGGAAGCCAGCAAGCACUAAAACAGACGAGACUCUGAGACUAACCCAUGGAGAAGUCAAUGGUAAGCACUGUCUACUGAUUUACUGUACAGUAGUACCUAUAGCUGCUGUCAGGACUUCACACUACUAAACCAUUGGCCCACGAUAGAACGUCUAUAGAGUCUUGCAGGCCCCUACCAUCUCAGCCUUAACCUUGCUCCAAUCCUUCUUCCUCUCAGUAUAUCCUCUCUCUUCCUCUCUGUGUGUUCCUUCCUCCUAGCUUGGCUCAGGGUAAAUAGCAGGUGAAGGGAUGCAUACCUAAUAUGGCAAAGCAAUAAAUGUUUUUUCCAAUUGGAUGUGACCGGUGUCCUGUAUGACUGACCCCUGGUCUCUGUGUUUUGCAGUCACUCCUGGGGUCAUGGGAAGGAGCGUCUGGAGUGAUCAUGUCUCAGGCUCAGGUGAGUGUACCAGAGUUCAUGAGGUCAACUCCUACAUUUCAACAGUAUGAGCAUUAACUCUGUGACUAUUCAUGUCUAACAUUAAGUGUGAUUAUUGUAGAGUCUGACGACCAGACCAGCGAGGGAACUUCUGAGGUACCUGAGCCACAAUACACUGAGGUCCAUCCCCAGGAGGUAGACCCCACCAGAGGUAAGAGACUGACCCAUCCUCUUAGCUGGGAGGUGCUAGGCUUCAAAUACACGUCAACAUUAUUAUUGAUCUAUUGCUUAAUGUCAAAUAAUCGUGAGCUGUCCACUUGUAUUUUUAGAUUAUGUCCCUAUGAAGCAUUUGUUUAUGCAUUCCUAGCUCCCGUGAAGAAAGGCACAGACAUGGUGUACAGCGAAGUGCGGAACUCGAUGCAAGGUAAGACUAAUAUCCUGUUCAAUGUUCACUAAAGCCCUCUAUACACUAAGAAACAGCAAAUGAGAUGGGCUUGUUCUCUGGGGUUUGAGAAAUGUGCCAUGCAGGAAACCAGGCCAGGCUUAACUCUAAACAUCUGCAUUGUUAGUGAGAGAGGGUGCCGUUAAGCCGGCCGCUUAGCCAGCUGUCCACUUCCUGCUCUCGUCAAAGGGAACUUCCUGUUAUUACAAUCCAACCCAAACACAGGGUCCAUCUGUCAAGCGGAGUCAGAGGACUGCUCCAUUGUUAACUCCUGAAAUAAGAACCCCCACCCGCCAUCCAUAUUGUCCAUUGUUGAGUAAUUGACCUACUCCUUGCAAAUGUAAAUGGUAUGUGUAUCAAACAAUGUUGCAGCACAGGGGAAGAGGAAACAAUCAUAUAUUGUCAAACAAUGGGCUUGUUGGCAGGGAAACUGACUAGUAACACACACACAUUAGUGGUUGUAAUUGGAUAAGCCCAAGGCGGUCAGUCUUGAGGAGAGGUGGAGGCUCUGGGUGAAUGGUGUUGUUUUGGGGAGUGGUGGUGAAGACGUAGAUCUUCUCUAACCACUGAAUGCCUUCAUUUCCUGAGCUUGUCUCCUGCUCUUGUUUUUGCUGGUGAGUCAGAGUCCGAACAAGCUGACGGCGUAAGUAGAGCAAUGUGCUAACAAAUACACUCACGCACAUACUAUAGACCUUAUUACUUAGUUUUGUCUUAGAGGGACCCCUUAUGGAGAAAAUAAGACAACACAGAAGGAGUAAACCGCUAGAAUACACAGAAACUGUAGAAACAGACACUGGUUUCUUCUUGUAUUUUAUUUUUUAUUUUGUCUAUUUCUGCAAGGCUCAGUUGAGUAUGCCCAGCUAAACCACAAUGACCAUGAGUCAGAAGAACCAGACCAAGAACACGAGUCUGAACCAGAGCCAGAACCAGAACCAGGAUCAGAGCAAGACAGACAACUUGAA